AUGUCCAAGUUUAAUUUAGAAGAUGUACUGAUGCAAGUGAUUGAAUCCUCAGAAGAUGAGUCUGAAAACUGUGUCGAACUCUUGGAUACAAAGAGUGUUGAGGAAGUAGUCAGAGAGCUUACCUCGGUGAAUAAAUCAACUAAUUCGGCCGACAACUUCAGUAAUGAAUCAGGUUCAGUUAACAAUGAUGAUGGCGACCCUGAUUUUGAACUCAGUGAUUCUAAUACUGAUACCGAAGAAAUUGUUGUGGAUGAAAGACCCGAAUGUCAGUCUGAAGAUCAGAAUCAAAUUGAACCAAACUUAACCACUAAUGAUACACCAAGUAAAACUAAUGACCAUCCUGAUACAGUUGUAGAAGUACCCCGUGGCAGAAAACGAACAAGAAAUGAAGAAUUAUGGCAACGAAAUAUCAGAAAGAGAAAGCGUCAAGUAGGAGAUGAAUAUAUUAGUCAGAAAGGGGUUAGGAUUUCAAAAAAGGGUGAAUAUUACAAGUUGGGAGAUAGUACAAGACAGAAGGAUUUCAUUUGCGCAUUGACAUUAGAAGUGGAUAUAGCUAAAACAGAGACAAAAACUAUCAGUAUUUUCUUCCAGUAA